UCUAUCGAGUCACGAAAUACUCAAGCUUCCACGCAACCGUCCUGGCACCAAUGACGGAGCUUUCUCAACGGUGGAUGAUUUAUGUCGGGUCGCUUUGACUGUGGCAAGACAUUACCCUGCCAUAUCUUUUGGGAAUGCGGGUCAAAGCGCUUUUUAGGAUCUCUUCGUUCUCCUCGUUUGCCAAUGUGUCAGCUAAUGGUCCCACGCGCGGACAGUACGGUCAUAAAAGAUACCAGGAGCCACCUUUGAGGAAGGUGGCGACUUCAGUGAAUAUGAAGAAUAUUGGAGGCUCCAUGUCUAAGAAACCGUCCUUGAUGGGCGAAAAGCCCAUCGACAGCGCGCUCUUGAAACUGUUGCGUGAUGCAGCAACAGUUAGAGUCGCUGGCUUCCCUGCAGCAGCAAGCAAACUCAAUGGCUGCCCAGGUAUUGCCGUAGAAUGGCUGGAAGAGUCGCAGGAUAAACCCAUUGACUUGAAGGCUCUCUGCGACACGGGUGUCGCUGGGUUUGGGACUAGGGCGCAGCCUUAAUCGCUUUUGGUUGAUACAUGGGUGAUACAUGGUUAAUACAACGGAGGCUGAUCAUGGCUUGCGAGCAGCUACGCUAGCAACAUUAUGAAGGUUGAUCAAGCCUGUAGAAACCUUGGGCAGCCGACGGUUCAAGCCAGCAUGAAUCUAUUUUUGGCGCUAUACCGCGUUGAUACC